CUGACACCUAGUGUGUGUGCAUGUGUGUGCGUGUGUGCGCGUACAUGUGUGUUCGUGAACGCGCGGCGGAUACCCAUCACAAACCAAGAUGGCGGCGGAGCGGACAGCCGGCUCGGCACAGUGACUGACAGACGAAGCGUCGCUCGGUCGGACAGCUAACGGUUACACUCUGACACCGACACCCGUACAGGUCACCGACGGCGGUGUGAUGAACCAGUACCGGUAGACGACCCCGGGGGAAGUUGUGUGUGAGGACUACAUUGCCGUCCACUAGCGGGGCAGCCGGCGGGGAUGGGAGAUGAUGGAGGACAAAGGCCCUCGUGUAGCCGACUACUUUGUGGUGGCCGGUCUGACAGACCCGUCCAAGCCGUUGGACCAGGAGAUCCACUUUGAUGACGCCUGCCACAAGACGGCCAAGCCUAAGGCGCCCAUCACCGAUGUGGCAGUGGUGAUCCGUUCAAUGGGCGAGGAGGUGCCGCCAGGUUUCACCUGCGUGGAGGAAACACCAACCGGUCAUUCGGCUGAUCUGAACAAUGGAGGCCUCAUGGCGCCCCAGAUCUUCCUGUGCUACCGGCGAGGUCGAGACAAGCCGCCACUCACUGAUCUGGGCGUGCUGUAUGAGUGGAAGGAGCGGCUGAUGCAGGGCUGCCAACUCAUCCAGACCACGCCCUCCGGUCGUCCAGCCAACAUCAGCGGCAACUCCUCCCAGCGCAUCUACGUCACCUACCGCCGGGCACCUGAGUGCCAGCCACACACCGCCCUGGCUGUCACCGACAUCUGCAUCAUCAUCCCGAGCAAGGGAGAGACGCCCCCGCACACCUUCUGUAAGGUGGAGAAGAAUCUCAACAGCAGCAUGUGGGGCUCCUCUGUCUACCUGUGUUAUAAGAAGUCUGUGGCCAAAACCAACACAAUAGCCUACAAAGCAGGUUUAUUCAGCAGAUAUCCAGAGGAGGACUAUGAGUCAUUCCCUCUUCCAGAGUCUGUCCCUCUCUUCUGCCUUCCCAUGGGGGCCACAAUCGAGUGCUGGCCAGCUAACACCAAAUACUCCCUCCCUGUGUUUUCCACCUUUGUCCUCACCGGAGCCUCCGGAGAGAAGGUCUACGGUGCUGCCAUUCAGUUCUACGAGCCCUUCCCGCUGGAGUGUCUGACUGAUCAGCAGCGCUCCCAGCUGGGUCUCCUGAGCCCGGAUCCACAUAAACCCUCCUCCUCCAGCCGUACGGGGACGGCCACCAGCAGCUCCACUAACAGCACCACCACAACCCCACGCUCCGUCUACACCAACAAGUGUAUCUGUAUGCUCUCCCACUGGCCCUUCUUUGAUGCUUUCCGCAAGUUCCUCACAUUCCUCUAUCGCUACUCCAUCUCCGGCCCCCAUGCCCUGCCUAUUGAGAAGCACAUCUCUCAUUUUAUGCACAAAGUUCCCUUCCCUUCCUCUCAGAGGCCUCGCAUCCUGGUGCAGCUUUCCCCUCAUGACAGCCUGAUGUUGAGCCAGCCAGUAUCUUCUCCUUUACCGCUCAGUGGCGGCCGAUUUUCCACGCUGCUCCAGAACCUCGGACCAGAGAACGCCGUCACCUUACUGGUGUUUGCUGUCACUGAACAUAAGAUCCUGGUCCACUCGCUACGACCCGCCGUUUUGACCAGCGUCACUGAAGCUCUGGUGUCUAUGAUCUUCCCGUUCCACUGGCCGUGCCCAUAUAUUCCUCUGUGCCCGCUGGCGUUGGCUGACGUUUUGAGCGCCCCCUGUCCGUUCAUUGUGGGAGUAGACUCUCGCUACUUUGACCUUUAUGACCCCCCACCAGACGUGAGCUGCGUGGACCUGGACACAAACACCAUCUUCCACAAUGAAGAUAAGCGAGCCCUCACAUGGAAGAUCCUGCCAAAGAAAGCCUGUAAAAACCUGAUGAAUGUGCUGAGCAAUCUCCACCAGCAGCUGGUUGAUGGUCAGCAGCGGCCUGACGGGCUGUUGGAGCUGAGCAUGAGUGAUUCGUCAGAGCUGAGCUGUGGGAAGAGCCUCCACACGCUGGAGCUGGAGAUCCAGGAAGCCUUCCUGCGCUUCAUGGCGGCCAUCUUGAAAGGCUACCGCUCAUUCUUACGACCCAUCACCCAGGCGCCCUCUGAGAAAGCCACAGACGCCAGCUCGCUCUUUGACUUGCAAGGGUUCUGAAGAGCCGCGACCCGCUCACACCAGAAGUUCUACUCGUUGAUGACCAAAACUCAGAUGUUCAUCCUUAUUGAGGAAUGCUCCUUCGUCAGCGACAAAGACGCCAGUAUGGCCUUCUUCGAUGACUGUGUGGACAAAGUGGAUGGUGACAGGCCAGAGGAGACCAGGCUGAUAGAGAUUGAUGAAUCUCAGCGCAGUGAGCACACAGUCCUUCAUCACACUCCCGAGCUUCCUCCUCUGCCCGCCGAGGAGGAAUAUCCACUCUGCUAUAGGUACGAUGGUUUCCCAGUGUUGAGUCUUGACCUGUUUGACCCUGUGGAGGGCCUGCGGACCCCCUCCUCCCGCCUCGCUGCCAGGCACAGCUGUCCCACCAGCCCUGCCCCCAUGUUCAGACGCACCAAGCAGGAGAUCAAAUCAGCCCAGAAGAUAGCCAAGAAGUACUCGUCCAUCCCCCAGCUGUGGUCCAAGUGCCUGCUCCGUCACUGCUACGGCCUGUGGUUCAUCUGCCUGCCAGCGUACGUGAAGGUGUGCCACUCCAAGGUGCGGGCACUUCGCACCGCCUACGACGUCCUCAGGAAGAUGCAGGCAAAGAAAUUGCAGCCCCCUGAUGAGGUGUGCUACCGGGUGUUGAUGCAACUGUGUGGACAGUAUGGCCAACCUGUCCUGGCAGUCAGGGUCCUCUUUGAGAUGAAGAAGGCCGGAGUGCACCCCAAUGCCAUCACUUACGGCUACUACAACAAGGCGGUGUUGGAGAGCACGUGGCCCUCCAGCACCAGAGGAGGAUACUUCCUGUGGAUGAAGCUGAGGAAUGUCGUUCUGGGCGUGGCGCAGUUCAAACGGGCGCUAAGACGACAGGCUCCCCUCACCCAGAGUCCUCUGUCAGAUGGCAGCGACCUGGACGCUGUGAGUCAUGGCAGCCUGGAUAGCUUCUGCGACACUAACCUGGCCGAGCAGGGCCCCUACACCACUGACUCCGCCAAAGUAGACCCUACUGACGAUAGAUCUAGCACAGGGGAUCAAUCAGACCUGGGUUAUAAUUCACUUUCCAAAGAGGAGGUUCGGAGAGGAGACCCCAGCGCUCCGGAUGCUGCCCCUGACAAAGAUGACAAGAAGGAGAGCGACUGCAGCUCCUUGUCAGAGACGGAGAGCACCAAGGGGAGUAAAGACUGCCUCCCUCAGUGUGACUUGGAGGUCCAUUCCUCCUUCAAACCUCGCGGCAUUGUGCGCAGCAGCUGUCCAUACGACGAUUCAUCUUGCAAACCCAAGAGCUCCGCCAGCGCAGGCCAUGUUGCAGGUCUCCUCUUCACUUCCUCCCUGGAUGAGAUCGGUGAGGUCUACACCGACAGUUUGCUCAGGAGACAUAAGAGUACUCUGGAGGACGUGGUGGGCAGCGCCAGCAGCGGCUCGGCUCUCGACUGGCAGGGCAUGAGGGGCCGCCGGCUGAGCGGCGACACGGUGGGCAGCAGCGGCAGUGGCACCACUGUCCUCGGCCUGGGUAUGAGCCAGGGUGAAACUGACCCAGAUAAGAUCGCGGGACACCUGGGCGCAGACGUCAAAAUUCUCUCCGGUGCCAACUUCACUAAGAGUAAGAGGCCUCGUUCGCUGGCUCUGGGUGGGUUAGAGGUGGUGGCUGCUGUCGGAAGUCGUGAUCACAGGGAGGAGGAAGAUGGGACGGAGGGACAGGACUCAAGUGAUGAGGACAGAAGUAAUACAGAGGCCAUUUUUGAUUUGGAGGAUCUGGAUUUAGACAAGCCUGCCGCAGGGGCUGCCAUCAGCUCCCAUAACUCCAACAAAUCUCAUAAGAAACCUGUGGAACGCAGCGUCAGCUACGGUGGCAUGAGCACCAUGACGUCCAGAGGAGCUGUGAAGCGCACAGACAUACAGACAGGCUACGACCCUCUAUCCCUGCUGGCAGCAGAGUCACAGACCAACCAGCAAAAUGAGGAUCAGUACCCAGAGGGGGACGAGGCCAGCACGCCCAGCGCCCGUAGGCACCUGGCCAGAGAGAUCGAGCUCUACAUGAACCACAUGGGCAGCCCGCUGAGCAGCCGUACACCCAGUCUGGACCUGCAGGACCCAGCCAGCCCCCUCCUCCUCCACCCCUCCUCACUCUCUGCCCCCCGCAGAGCCAGCCUGCCCCACGGCUCCCCCCUCAGGACUGCUGGAGUGCCGCGCUCCCGCACCUUCCACCCGCCCUCACCCUCCCAGCCCAUCUCACGCCAGCGUCUAAUGUCGUCGCCUUCCUGUCGCAGCUCUAGCACCACCCCCAGCGCCAGCCCUCGGCCCAGCCCCUACAGGGAGAGGACAGACCGGAUGAGCCUGGCGUCACCUUCGCCCUCCUCCUCCUCUUUCGCUCUGGACACUCUACUCACACCAACGCUUGAUGUAUUCAAGACCAGUGUGGUCUCUGCUGGGAAGGGCGUGGCAGAGAAGGCAAGCCGCUGGUAUACCCGCCUUGCCACGUACACCACACCUACCAAGGACGGUCACAGUGACCGUCUGAGUGUGUCCUCCCUCGGCGUUGGAGAUCCAGACUGCUCCUCCCUGCUGGAUGAGGAGGACUGUGGGGAGUCAGAGGGCCCUGUGAUCUCUCCACAGAGGAACGGCCCCAUGGGGCCCCGCAGGAGCCCCAGACGCAGCCCUCUCUGCAGCAGACUGGACAGCCCCUCUGCAGGCUCCAGCCUCGGGAGACCCACAUCUCUGCUCCCUGGAUGUGUCCUCUCGCCUCCCGGUUUCCCUCUGCCAGACAAGUCGGACCUCGGCUCUUCACGCUACACCAGCAACACCAGCAUCUUCAACAACUAUGCCAUGGAGCUGCUGAUCUCCAGCUGUUCUCGCUGUAAGACGUGCGACUGCCUCGUGUACGAUGAGGAGAUCAUGGCUGGCUGGACGGCAGACGACUCCAACCUGAACACCACCUGCCCCUUCUGUGGAAACCCCUUCCUGCCCUUCCUCAACGUGGAGAUCAGGGACAUGCGAGGACCCGGCAGGCUUUUCCUGAAGGGCAGCCCUUCGGUGGACGAGGCAAUGACCUCGUCGUACUCUGCCUCCACAGGUUUGGACACAGGGACGUCCACCUUGUCCACCCCCUGUCCUACAACAGCUGUCUUCCCUCCCUCCCCUGUGAUUGCUGUCCAGGAGUGCUCAGGGAAUGGAAGGACUCGAUCGACCAGAGCUCAAGGUAUCAACAUCCCCUCUGAGCACAGGCAGGGGUCACUGUCCCCUGCAGCGCCCAUGGCCCGCAGCGUCAGCACCUUUGGUCCUCUGGACGAAGCAUCCCGACUCAACCGCUGUGUGCCGACGUCAGGCAGCCUGCCCAGCCGUCUCCAUGAGACCACGGACCCACUGAGUAUGGAGUGGCGACUCCACAACCCUGAGCCAGUGACGGUUCCCUACCUCAGCCCGCUGGUGCUGUGGAAGGAGCUGGAGAGUCUGCUGGAGAACGAGGGCGACCCGGUGAUCACGGAGUCCGACAUGGUGGACCAUCAUCCCAUCAUCUACUGGAACCUGGUCUGGUACUUCAGACGGCUGGACCUGCCCAGCAACCUGCCCGGUCUCAUGCUCACCUCUGAGCACUGCAACAGAGACUCCCAGGUCCCUCGUCACUGGAUGUCGGAGGACAGUAAACAUGUGUUGAUACAGAUCUUGUGGGACAACCUGAAGCUGCACCAGGACUCAAUCCAGCCUCUUUACAUCCUCUGGAACACAUACAAUGUGGGUUACCCUCUGUCCCGGCCGGUCCCGGAGGAGGAGAAGCCGUUCAGCGAGGAGUUCCUGCAGAGUGUGGUGAAGAGCAUCCAGAGGAAUGACGUCAGCCGGCCGAUGGCUCAACUGCUGCAGCUGCUUGGUCAGACGCUCGGAGUCAAAAGGCAAAGGAGUUUGUACAGGGACAUCCUCUUCCUCUCUCUGGUGGCUCUGGGAAAAGAUAACAUUGAUAUUGAUGCCUUCGAUCGCGAGUACAAGUUGGCGUACGAUCGCCUUGUGCCGAGCCUGGUGAAGCUGACCCAUAACUGUGACCGUCCUCCCAGCACGGGUGUUAUGGAGUGCCGAAGGACGUUUGGAGAGCCUUACCUGUAAACACUCACCUUCACACAUCAUCGCUUUAAGACGAGCUCAGGAAACCUGUUGGAAGACUGUGAAUGUUUUUGAGAAAACUCUUCGGGAAAAAAGGUACAGUUGACAGCGGUCAGCGUUAUGUAGCCUGAAACAAAAAAUGAUCUCAACUAACUGAAGAUGGAAACACCACUCACACCGUUCAUAAACAACUUCAACCUUUGGAAUCCUGUGAAAAUUAUACUGUAAAUACACAGCAGUAGAGGAUUGUUUUUUAGAUGCAACAUUUAUAUUGUAUAGUCAUUCAGCAUAUGAAGACUAAUAUUAGCAAUAUUUUAACUUGAAAUAUUUAUACAAAAUAAGCUUUAUUUAUUGUAGUGUCUUUUCGUUGGGCGUUUAGUGUUUUAUUGUUGUUGCUGGGCAUUUCUUGUCUCGCAGUUUAAACCAUAGUGACCUGAACACCAGUAUGGAUUUAGUGUGUGUUGUAAAUGAUGACUAGGUUUUGUGUGCUUUAUGAGUUAGGGCAUCAAAAAAAAAAGGUUUAAUUAGAGCUGCAAAGAUCAGUAAAUACACAGAAACGGUUUCAGACUGUUGGUCAAAUUUAAGACAUCACAGUGGACUCUGAGAAAUUCUGCAUAGAGAGACGGAGCCCCUCCCUUUCUGGUGUUCGGAAAAAAAAAAUCUGUUUUCCAAGGAGAUAGACAAAUAAUCUUUUGAUCCCAUUUGGAUUGUGGCAUGAAUCACACAUAUGAUGUUUUUCAAUUUAAAAGAUAAUUUAUCAAGUGAAAAA